UGUUUCACGCCUCCAAUGGAAGCUUCGAAUUCCAGUGAUCCAAGGGGCACGAGCUCGAAGAAGUCGACGGCGACGGCGACGGCGACGGCGACGGCGACCGGCGGCGAUGGCGGAAGUAGCGGCGGCGGACUCGAGGCCCUUCCCGCCCCUCUCCUCGUCCACGACGUCCUCCUCCGGCUGGAUUUGGAGUCCCUCUCCUCCGCCGCCUGCGCCUCCAAAACCCUACGCUCCUCCGCCGCUGACGCCCUCUCCUCUCUCUCCUCGCUCCAGCUCGCGGGCUUCUCGCCGGAUGUUCGAACUCUCGGUCGCGUUCUCUCCGCGUGCGGCGGCGUCACGAGCCUCACGAUCAACUGCCUCCGACUCCGGGUGGAUUGUUGCGCGCUCGAAGGCUUCCUUGGCCCGCAUAUUCGCGAGCUGAACUUGCUAUGCUGCGCCGCGAUGUCGCCGAGCGCUCUUGGCUCGAUUGGCCGGAAAUGCCCCAAUUUGAGGGUGCUGAUGUUGGAGUGGGCAGAGUGUGGCACAUUCGACGAAUUCACUGGGAAUUUUCAGCAAAUGUUAAGCUGUUGUGUACACUUGGAGUCUCUUUGUCUAAAGAUUCGAGGCGCAGAAGGCCCCGGGUAUGCUUUUUACUCGGGAAGCUGGCCCAAAAGUAUCAAGGUCCUGAAGCUGCAGCCAGCGCUUGAAGAUGAUAUGAUCAGUCUGGUGAAGGAAAUCGCAGGAAAUGAGAACUGGCCUGAGGUCAUUAAGUUUCCCUCUCUGCCAUCUACAUGCUCGCUUCAAAGCUUAUCGCUUCAUGUGAGUACCAUAUCAGACAAGCUUGUCACCACCAUCGCUGAGUCCAUGCCUUGUUUGUUGGAGUUGGAUCUCGAAGAUAGGCCAUGGAAAGACCUACUACCACACAGUGAUUUGACCAAUGCCGGAAUUCAGUCUUUGGGCUCUUGCAAACAAUUGAAAAGCCUUUCUCUUUCACGAAAUAGACAAAACUGCCAGGCAUCUUUUAAAAGAGUCAACGACAUGGGUAUUUUCCUACUCUCUGAGGGCUGCAAGGGCCUAGAAUCUGUACAGCUCUCUGGCUUUUCAAAAGUCAGUGAUGCUGGUUUCGCGUCAUUUUUUCAUUCUUGCAAGAACUUGAAGAAGUUUGAGGUGCGCAACUCCCAGUCUAUGUCUGAUUUGGCUUUCCAUGAUCUGACCGAGGCCCCGUGUUCUUUGACCGAACUGAGAAUUCUAUCAUGCAAUCUCAUAACCAGCGAGACAGUGAAGAAGUUGGCGUUGUCCAGUAACUUGGAGAUUCUUGAUCUCUCGGGCUGCCGGAGCAUAGCAGAUUCGAGUUUUUAUUCCAUAUCGUCUCUUAAAAUGCUGAACACGUUGGAUCUAGUGGGAGCAGAUAUAACAGAUAGUGGUAUGUUGACGCUCGGCCAAGCGAGCGCGCCUAUUCAGCGUUUGUCCCUUAGACGCUGUAGGAGGGUAACAGAUAGAGGGAUAUCUCAAUUGCUGAAUAGUGGAGGGAUCAUUAGCAAGACAUUAUCCAGCGUAGAUUUGGGUUACCUGCCAUUUGUGUCGGACAAAGCCGUACAUACUAUUGCCUUUGCCGGCGUGGCCAUCACGGAACUGUGCAUCAGGUCUUGUUUCUUUGUGACCGACUCCUCGAUGGAAGCUUUGGCGAGGAAGGGGAGUCUCGAAGAUGGAAGUCGACCGAUUAGGAGGCUUGAUCUUUUCAGCUGCAUCAGGUUGUCUGUUGAGUCGCUCCAGAUGCUGAAAAUGCCUUUGUUUCGUGGGCUACGUUGGGUCGGUGUCGGCCGGACUUGCUUGGCAGAUAAAGGAGGGGGUGUCUUAUCUGAAAUUUACGAGGAGCGGCCAUGGUUGACCGUCUGUACCGGCGGUUGCGAAAUGGGAUGCCGAGUUGGGUGGGAGUAUCACGGAGCAUCUUCAGAGUGAAGUUUGGUAUGAUAUGUUGGAAUGGAAGUCUCUUUUGGUUUCAAAAUUUGUCAACAGUAUCCAUUAUGAAGCUUACCAAAUUACGUUCCAGUUUACCAAUAUUUAUUUCU